GAUUCGAGGUCAGUUAUUAAGGCUCAUGCGCGGACCGCUCCUCCUGACCCACUCCAAGAUGGCGGCGAGCGGUAGCGGCAGCAGCAGCAGCGCGGCGGGCAGCAAGUCCAGCAGCAGCGGCGGGGGGAAACAGUCCGGUCCGUCCGCAGAGCAGGUGGUGGCCGGCUUCCAGCGGCUGCGCCAGGAGCAGCGCAGCAUGGCGACCAAAGUGGCCGAACUGGAGAUGGAGAUCAACGAGCACAGCCUGGUGAUCGACACCUUGAAGGAAGUGGACCCUUCGCGGAGGUGCUACCGGCUCGUCGGGGGGGUUCUCGUGGAGCGAACCGUCAAGGAGGUGGUGCCAGCGCUGGAGAGCAAUAAAGAACAGAUCUCCAAAGUAGUGGAGACCCUGAAGACACAGAUGCAGACAAAAGGACGGGAACUGAACGAGUACAGGGAACGCUACAACAUUCGGAUAGUGGGCGAGGAAGACGGGCCCGGAAAAGGGCCUUCGGCCUCCAGCCAAGAGAGCGACGCCGGCGGCUCCAAGGGCGGGGCGGGAGUCCUCGUGUCUUAGAAGGAUGUGCGCCUGCUGAACGUCAUUAAAUGAAUGUUCCGUCAA